AUGCGACUUCAGCCGCGCAUGGACGACCACCUCAGUCUCCUGCAAUCACCCCCGCCGAGCGUAACCAAAACCAGAGGCGACAACCUGGUGAACCACGGCUACACCGAGACAGAGGCCGACGUGAUGACGGUCGUGGCGUGUGACAACAUGCUGGAGGAGUCGGCGGCUUUGCCGGGCCACCACUCUCUGGACCGAUACGAGCCGGACCAUGAGUGCUGCGAGCGGGUGGUCAUCAACAUCUCAGGGUUGCGCUUCGAGACGCAGCUGAAGACGCUGUCACAAUUCCCAGAGACGCUGCUGGGGGACCCCAAGAAGAGAAUGAGAUACUUUGACCCCCUCAGGAACGAAUACUUUUUUGAUCGGAACCGGCCCAGCUUCGACGCCAUUCUUUAUUACUACCAGUCAGGCGGGCGCAUCAGGAGACCUGUUAACGUGCCCAUUGACAUUUUUUCUGAGGAGAUCCGCUUCUACGAGCUGGGCGAGGAGGCUAUGGAGAAGUUCAGAGAGGACGAGGGCUUUAUUAAGGAGGAGGAGCGGCCGCUGCCUGAGAAUGAGUUUCAAAGGCAGGUGUGGCUGCUCUUUGAGUAUCCAGAGAGCUCGGGUCCCGCCCGGGGAAUCGCGAUAGUGUCUGUCUUGGUCAUUCUCAUCUCCAUUGUCAUCUUCUGCUUAGAGACGUUGCCAGAGUUCAGGGACGAGAACAGGGACCCGAUCACCAUUGCGCCUCUGAUAAAUGGCACGCUGCCCUAUUUCAUUAGCCCGUUCUCAGACCCCUUCUUCGUGGUGGAGACUCUAUGCAUUAUCUGGUUUUCAUUCGAGCUGCUGGUGCGCUUCUUUGCAUGCCCGAGUAAAGCCACGUUCUCCAAAAACAUUAUGAACAUCAUUGACAUCGUUGCCAUCAUUCCCUACUUCAUCACCCUGGGCACGGAGCUGGCAGAGAGGCAGGGGAACGGACAGCAGGCCAUGUCUCUGGCCAUCCUGCGCGUAAUCAGGCUCGUUCGGGUGUUUCGCAUCUUUAAGCUUUCGCGGCACUCCAAGGGCCUCCAGAUUUUAGGGCAGACUCUAAAGGCCAGCAUGCGCGAACUGGGGCUGCUCAUCUUCUUCUUGUUUAUCGGGGUCAUCCUCUUCUCCAGCGCUGUCUACUUCGCUGAGGCAGACGACCCGGAGUCGGGGUUCAGCAGCAUCCCGGACGCGUUCUGGUGGGCGGUCGUCACCAUGACCACCGUGGGUUACGGGGAUAUGCACCCCGUGACGAUCGGGGGCAAGAUUGUGGGGUCCCUGUGCGCGAUCGCGGGUGUGUUGACCAUAGCGUUACCCGUGCCCGUCAUCGUGUCCAACUUUAACUACUUCUACCACAGAGAGACUGACGGGGAGGAGCAGGCGCAGUAUCUGCACGUGGGGAGCUGUCAACCCCUGGCGGACACGGAGGAGCUGAGGAAGACUCGCUCUUCCUCCUCACUCAGUAAAAGCGAGUACAUGGUGAUAGAGGAGCACGGGAUCAACAGUGCGUUCAAGCAGCAGCCGAACUUCCCGACCACCACGACCACCGCUCAGAACAACUCUCAGAACUGUGUCAACAUAAACAAAAAGAUCUUCACCGACGUGUAG